GUAGAGGCAGUAAAGAAGGAGUGUGUGUGCGGUACAAGUGACACACACUGUUGUGUCGGUGUUAACUUGCCCUAAAGCAAAAUAUACAAACGAUUGACUGAUCCAUGAAAAUUAAAGAGAUAAAACGUGACAGUAAAAAAGUAGAGUAAAGACGGAGUGUGUGUGUGAAAGAGUAAAGUUUAAAGAAUGGUGGAGGAUUAUCAGGUUUUUCUCUGAUGAAACUCUGAACCACAAACUGACUGAUCUGCUCCGACUUAAAGUCACAGUCUAGACAUGGAUCCAUCUCUUCCUUCGUCUCUUCCUCCUCCCUCCACUUCAGUUUUUUUUUUAAAUCCCUCCAUCCUCCCUACACUCUCUCUAUCGCUCUCUCUCCUUCAUUUGUCCGUCUCCGUCUGAAGACAUGUCCGCAGCACUGUGCGUCCCCCUGCUUGUCUUUGUGGCGCUGACUCAUGCUCGCUCCGUCUUCACUGGACCAGAGUUUGAGAUUCCAGAGAUUGAUGGUUCCGCGGUGGACGACAUCUGCGGGAUUUUCUCCGGCCGUAGCCCUGACCAUGCCCCUGACCCCGCUCCUGUCCCUGCCGCUAUCACAACCACAACAAUGAAAGCAGCCACACCCCCACCCCCACCAGUCACCAGAAAGCCGCCACUGAAGAAACCACCACCAAUCAGGCCUCAGCCAGCGGCAGCACAACCAAUCACAAACAGCCAUUCCAACAGUGCAGCCCGCCUCCUGCACUACCUCCUGACCAACAGCAGAGGGCAUACUGGUGCCAGGUUUAGCAGCUUUGUAUCUCGGCCAAUAAGAGGGCAGCGUCAUGGUGGACGAAGUGUGGGUUCGUCUUCGGAGGAGGACUCCAGUGAAGAGUCUUGAUGACAUCAUCUUAUUACAUUUUGGGUUUUUUUUGUACUUUUUUAUGUUUAUGUUGUUGUUUUGUUUACCGCUACCCAGUAAAC